AUGCCGUCCUACGCUGGCUUUCAGCUUGCGUUGGAACUUUCAAAUAUCCUACCCGUCAAGGAGGUUACUGCUUUCGCGUAUACAGCGCUACUCAAUCUGGCUCGAGAGCUUAGCAAUUCAGGUUCUGAUAUAUUUGUUGAGGCCGAUCUGGCAAGCAUUUUUGGAAGGAGCCCAAUUUCUCGGGAGCUCGAAAAAGCAUUCAAGGACAAAGUCCACAUCAGUACGGUGACAACAUUGCACGAGGGCUCGGAAAUCCAACUUCGAACGGGCGCUGGCCCAACUGUCAUCCGAGCGUUUCAGGAUUCACGAUAUUUCGCAACCAUAGUCACUCUAUCAGCAUUGAGCUACUUUACUCCGAGAGAUGAUCUUGCCAGAAUGAUUGCCAACGGGAUGGCAAAACGAGCCGAAGCUAAAAUACCAGGGGCCUCCAUCCCUCCUGCAUACGAAGGCAUUGAAAAGACGUUGGCAGCCUGCUCUACGCAGUGUGGCGAAUUCCAGUGGACGCCAUAUCGAGCAGAGAUUGAGAAGCGGCUUCGAGUAUCAAUGCGAGAUUAUAGCUGGAGCCCUUACUACACUCGUCUCACCCCUGCCGUGCUUCUGGGAGCUAUGGACUUCCUUUAUGCUAUCAAACACCUGCCAUCACACAGAAUAGUCACAGUCUCGUCUCAAGCAGGGUUCAUCCCUCUUACCAUCUGGGCGCAUUACAUUUUGUGCCUCAAUGUUGUCAUCACUGGUCUUCCUGGGGAAGACGUUGUCUUCGGGAAUGCUGAGGAGCCUCACGUUUUCAUCCGUUGGAGGCGCUCUGACCUUCCUGACAGAGAAGAACUGAACUGGAAUCUGGAGGGGAACGAAGAGGGUCCUGAAAUCUGCCUUCAUGAGACAGACAUGACCAUCCUUCUGACUACUAAACCAGAAGAUCACGAUUCUGACAGCCUAUACUCGGCUGAGAGGCAUAAUUUGGCAGGCUAUGGCACGGUCUUCCUGCGUCGCAGCUUGAAUGUCGAUGUGAUCCUCAGCGAUGAUGACAGUAUCUACGUUGAGUUGGUAGGUUUGAUAGUUGGAUUCGCAGUCGCCGCUUCGCAGAGAAUGGCCAGGGAGCUGCCUGAUCCUAUACCGCAAGAGUCCGACGAAGUGGAGGAAACUGGGCAAAUUAUCCGACUGGAAUCAUGGAGAAUCAUAGACGCUGCCAAAUUACUCUUCGCUGGCAUCACCAUGGACCCGAUUCUUUGCUGGAACUACGCCAAGUUUUAUUCAGAACACCGCUUAUCGGAGCAUACGCUACCUGCAACCUUUGAUUCUUACUUUGCAGGAGUCCCCAGACACCGCCCCGGGUUCUCUCCGGCAGAUCGUAUGAUACGACUCAUCGAAAGCGCCACCAAACACGUCUUGAUCUUCGCUCACGUCGUGGAGGUGGACAAAUGUGGGGAUAUGCCAAUAAUCCUGACCGAUGACGUUACCUCUUUCACGAACCUCAUUCGCGACGUACGGGAGGGGAAUGAUCAUCCGGGCCUGGUUAGAUGGGAUGAGGCAUUCGAUGGAGUAUCUAAACUUCUCUCAUCUGCCGAAUUCUUUUCCAGGGAUGAGAGGCGUCGUUCUCUCUCCACCGAAUCCCUCUGCAGCGACUUUGGAUGGUCUGUACUCCUGAACACGUAUGCGGACCUCGACCCAGGUGAUAUCCGGCCUGAGCUCGUCCGCAUCCGAAAAGGGACACCCACGCAUUCUGAAACAGAAGAACGCAAGCUGCGAAUUGUAGACGGGAAUGCCGUGGAAAGGAGUGCAAAGUCAUAUGUCUAUCCAGUCGAGAUAGGACCAGAGUACACUCCCCGCACAUUCGCAAAAUCCACUUCCAAGAAGGAGUACUAUACGACUCUAUCAUACGAAUUCCAAAGCAUCCUUUUCAUUUCGUUCGAGUCGACUCGUGAGUGGCAGGAUCAUGGCGGUUCCAAACAUUUCCAGCAAAACCUAGCCUAUGGCAAGAUGGCCAAGCAUCUGUUCAAUACCCAUCUCAUUCCAGAGUGCAGCCACCUCAACAAGAGUCAUUGGGAGCAGGCAAAUAAGACCAAGCUUGGCCCAGAUGCGGUAGCAAUACUCAGUGGUUACGAAGAGCUGGAUGAUGGCAUAACCAUGCCGCAGAGGAUAAUUAUCACAUUGACCAAAGGUGAUCGCUAUAUUCGCUGGCAUGCGAUCAUAUAUUUGGCCUCCGAGGUAUACCACUCGAGGCGAAGGAUGGCGCUACGGCCGAAUUCAUGUUGCGAGCCCUGCGCUCUUGACUUUGUAGCUUCACAACCAGGGAAGUGGUACCUCAUUCUGUAG